UGCGCUGCGCAGCUGGCACCAGCUGGGGGCGAGCAGACCUCGAGCAGCCGCCGGCGCCACCGUUGCGACCGCCGCAGCGGAGUUCAGAGGGCCCGGAGGUGGGGGACUUCCCGCACAGUGGCUGAAAUGUCGUCCACCGCGGCGUUUUACCUUCUCUCCACCCUGGGAGGGUACUUGGUAACCUCAUUCUUGUUGCUCAAAUACCCGACCCUGCUGCACCAGAAAAAGAAGCAGCGAUUCCUGAGUAAACACAUCUCUCACCGCGGAGGUGCUGGAGAAAAUUUGGAGAAUACAAUGACAGCCUUUCAACAUGCAGUUAAAAUUGGAACUGAUAUGCUGGAAUUGGACUGCCAUAUCACAAAAGAUGAGCAAGUCGUAGUAUCACAUGAUGGGAAUCUAAAGAGAUCAACUGGAGUGAAUGUAAACAUCGCUGAUAUCAAGUACUGUGAGCUCCCACCUUACCUGGGGAAAUUGGAUGUCACAUUUCAAAAAGCAUGCCACUGUGAAGGAAAAGAUAACCGAAUUCCAUUACUGAAGGAAGUUUUUGAGGCCUUUCCUAACACUCCUAUUAACAUCGAUAUCAAAGUCAACAACAGUAUGCUGAUUAAGAAGGUUUCUGAAUUGGUGAAGCAGUACAAACGAGAACACAUAACCGUGUGGGGUAAUGCCAGUUAUGAAAUUGUGGAAAAGUGCUACAAAGAGAAUUCAGACAUUCCUAUACUUUUUAGUCUACAACGUGUUCUGCUCAUUCUUGGACUAUUUUUUACUGGCCUCUUGCCAUUUGUGCCCAUUCGAGAACAGUUUUUUGAAAUCCCAAUGCCUUCUAUCAUAUUGAGAUUGAAAGAUCCACUCACUAUGUCAAGAUGUCAGAAGUUUCUCAUCUGGCUUUCUGAUACAUUACUAAUGAGGAAAGCUUUGUUUGACCACCUCACUGCCCGGGGCAUUCAGGUGUAUAUUUGGGUAUUAAAUGAAGAGCAAGAAUACAAGAGAGCUUUUGAUUUGGGAGCUACUGGAGUGAUGACAGACUAUCCAACAAAGCUUAAAAAUUUUUUACUUAAGUUUUCAACAUAAAACAAGAUGUUUAAAGGUGUUCAAAGAAUACAUGAAAAGACCUAAGAAAAAACAUCUUUCACCAUCAUUUUCCUAAGCCAUUUCCACAAUGGUAAAAGGUUUAAUCAUUAAAUUUUAUUACCUCAUUUUUAAAGCCUGUCUGAGAAUGUAGGAACUAUAUAUUGUAUAUUUAUUUUUAAAAAUAUUGCAUAUUUCACAUUUACAAAUAGAUUGUGUAGAAAGAUAACUGGUCAUGAGCCAUUAUUAGAUUAUUAAUCAAGAUUU